AUGUCAUAUCUCUUAAGUAAAGGUGGACUAGUUGGAACAAUAUAUGGUUGUUCCGUCAAUGGCUGGUCCAAUGAGUCAUUAUUUUUCAAAUGGAUCCAAGAUUUUCUGAACAAUGUAAAAUCAACUAUUGAUUACCCUGUGCUGCUGAUUUUAGAUAAUCACAGCAGCCACAUUUCACUUGAAAUUUUUGAAUUUUGUAAAAAACAUUCUAUUGUCAUGGUAACCAUACCUCCACACACUUCUCACAAGCCUCAACCACUAGAUGUUCCAUUCUUUUCUUCUUUGAAAGCAGCCUUCAGUCAUGAAUGUGACAUGUAUAUGAAGUCACAGGUGUAUCAAAAAAUUACACCAUGUGAGUUAGCAGAACUUUUUAAUAAGGCAUAUAUUAAGGUCACUACCAUGGACAAAGGGCAGUCAGGGUUUAAGGCAGGUGGGAUUUGCUCUUUCAAUCCAAACAAAUUUCAGCAUGACGACUUACAACAAUGUGAGAUUUUAAGAGAUGUUGUCCUUGAAGAUGAAGAGGUUCCGAUGCAACAAAUGGAAAUGAAGUGGUUGCAUCUUCAAACGAGCCACAUAUCCACAAAAUGA